AUGACGGCCCAGCUGGAGACGUGCUGCCAGUCAAUCGUCGACAAACUGACCAACGCGCUGUCUCUCGCGCAGCAUGCAACCCACAAUGCAGAGGAACCAGGCCUGCACGACAUCAUCAGCUCCGUCGACGACAGCAUCAUCGGCUUGAAGACGUGGCAGACCUACAUACGACCUCACCGACACAGCACAAGGCCAACUCCAGUCGCUGAGCGGUACUUGAGGCUGAUCUCGGACGAGGCCGAUGUCAUUGCGGUGGAGGUUACAAGAUACAACAGCGUUCCAAGCGAGCAGCUGCGCGAAUGGAAACCGUCACAGAGAUUCGAAAGUGCAAGAAAGGAAAUCAAAGAGCUGAUUGGCGAACUACACACAGUUGAGGUUGCCGGCGCUGAUAAUACGAGGACGCAACGGGAGCAGAUCGCUCGGAACGCCAACCGGCAAGUUACGGUGCUGGAAGAGUUGACUGAAUGGUUCAAAGUGCGGCUUGGGUCUACCAUCAGGCAGCAACGAGUUGCAACUUUUGCGCACGAACCUCGCACCGUUGGCAGGCUCAAGAUUGGCGACCUGUGGUUUCUGUGGAGGCAAAUUCCCACUGUCGACGGGUUGACGAAAUCAAACAUCGCCAGCGGACCACAUGACGGCAUCUCGAUCGAAAGGUCACACGUCGACAGAGCCAGGAUGGUGCUAGAAGCAUUCUGUGAGGCCUGGCAAGCAAUCACUCCGCAGAUAGAAGACCGAGGAAAGUUUGAGGAUCUCAAGAAUAUGGCCAUGAUUGCGACGGUCCUGAGCCACCUACACAAUGGCCACGCUUACUUUGAUCGGUUCCUACACAGACGAUGGAACGACGAUUUCCUUCCGUUUGACACCAACAAGCUACAAGUGAUAUUCUCCGGAGCGAACGACGCCUCACGAGUCGGUGAUCUUUUCCGUGACCAACAAUCCCGCGCAAGAUGGAAAGAAUGGCCUGAAGGGGCCCACGUUACAUUUCGAGCCCUGGAGCCGUUGCCCUUGAAAUCCGAGGAGAUCUAUUCCAACGAUGGAUCCUACAGUAUUGUCGACAAGGUGCGGGACCUCUCAUACCAGUCCGCGACGCCUCGAUUCUAUGCCAGAAAGCGUCAGAAAGCAACCCCGGCGUCACGCCAGCAUCUGGAGAAUGAAGUGAAGAAUCUGAAGAGACUGAAGCACCACCACAUCUUGAAGUACGUCAAGUCUUAUGAAAGAGGUAGUGACGAGUUCGCCUUUCUGGCCACACCGGCGGCUGAUGGUAAUCUCCUGGGCCUGCUCAACCAAUACUGCCGGAAUGCUUACGACCGCGGGAGACUCAAGCCGAUCUUGCUCAAAGCAUUCGGCUGUAUCAGCCUUGCCAUGGAUUAUUUGCACAACAGGAAAGACACCCGACACCGAGACAUUAAACCUGAUAAUAUUCUGUAUCACGAACAUCGCUACUAUGUAGCGGACUUUGGUCUUGCGUACCACUUCGACCCCCAGAGCGGCAGUGGAACUCAUGGUCGCUUUGAAUCCACGUACGAAUAUCGAGCUCCAGAGAACGACAGCACCACUCAGCCCCAUGGGAGGUCGACAGACGUCUUCUCUCUUGGGUGCACGUUCCUGGAGAUACUGAGUGCCAUGAUCAGGACCGGAACAAACGAGAUCCGGGCUCUGCGAAUCUACGUGGAUCAUCUGGACGAAGUCGGCAGAUGGGUUGAAACCGCGUGCUGCGAAGAGCGGGGAAGGGAGCAACCGAUGAGGAGCCUGCUCAUGCUUGGUGGCAGGAUGGUCUCCAAGGAGGUCGAGUCGCGCCCGACCAUCCAAGAAGUCAUUGUCGAACUUUGGGGAAUCAGCACCAAAUUCAAUUACCCACUGUUCUGUGACGAGUGCAUAAAACACCUACCAGCAGAGUUAGGUCUGAAAAUUCAGGCCGACGGACUGCAUCCCGAGGGGGGAAGUGUGGGCAGUGGACACAGUGGGCACAGCAGUAAGAUGAGCCGCAAGAGCUUCAAGAGCUUUUUCAAGGCGACCAGAAAGCGGCUUCAGAAUGUGCUGUCGACAAACGGUUAUGCAGAAGAGCGUGACUGA